CUGAACUUCGAUGUUCAGGAUUCGGCUGAAGUACCGGAAAUGUGGUACUGCAGCAUGAACCGCGACCCGGAUUUUUCGUCUUGCGAUGCACCUGAAGAAACAAUCCCAAAAUCCGUAAGAGAGGAAAUGAUCGAAACGAAAUAUUCGAUGGGCUCCAUCGUCUGGGCGCGGCAGGACGGCUUUCCAUGGCUGCCUGCCAUGGUCGAUGAGAAUCCGGACACAUCCAAGUUCUGUCUGUUACGAGGAGCCUCCGAAGUCCCGAUGAAGUAUCACGUCACUUAUUUAAACGAAAAAAUCGAGUUCGCUUGGAUCAACCAUCGAUCUCUCAAAGUGUACAAAAAUAAUCCGCGAGAGGCGGUCGUUAAAAGGAUAAAAUUUAGAAACACCGAUUUCUCAGCGUAUUUGACUCGAGGCUGUCGUUUAGCUGAGGAGGCUUUACUAUUGACCAUUUCUCAAAGACUGAAGAGAUUCGGAGCCAGAGUUCGAUUGGCUCGGGAAAUUGAGCGCCAAAACAGAUCGAAAUCGAAAUACGCAGUACACCCGCCCCACUCCGUCAAUAAUUUCACCCUGAAAGAUGGUUUGCCACGAGAGAAGGAAAUGCGGAUAAUAGAAAAGGAGAAACUGUUCGAUGUUGGCGACGUCGUUUGGGCACGAGGCCGUGGAUUUCCUUGGUGGCCUGCGAUCGUCGACACCUGCCCUAUACACCAAAAAUUCAUGCACAUUCCGAAGUCGCGUAGAGAGUCGAGAAUGUAUCAUGUCGUUUACUUCAUAAAAAAUAAACGAAUAGAGUACGACUGGUUGCCGGAAGAGAAUUUGAGAAGUUUCUCGAAAAACCGAAAAAACAAAUUGGUGAAGACUACUAUAGCCGGAAAGAUCGAUUAUAAGCGGCCACUCAACGCAGCGUACGAAACAGCCAUGAAAGCUGACUUGAUGCCAUUGGACGAACGAAUACGGCAAUUCGGCAUGAGUGGAAGAUCGGAACAGCAAUUGAUACUUUCAGGAGCAGGCUUGCCGAAUUCGCUCACGAAAUCGCCUCCAUAUUACGAGGACGUCAAUCCAACCCAGAGUACUCUACCCAGCCAAUCAGAAUCGAUCGAUAAAAAGUUUCUAUAUGCACUCGGGAACAUACUGAACGGCAACAGAAGCGAGUCAUGUGUUCAGAACAACAUGACAAAAAAAUUGAAAAAAUCAACGAAAAUUCCAUCAAUGAGCAAUGGAGCCCGAAAUAUUGCAUCAAUUUUCUCCCCCAAACCAAGUUGUUCGAAAGUAGACGAUGAAACGUCGAUUAGCACACCCGAUUCGAACUUUCGGUGGACGAAAAUGGCAGGUUCGUCGUCUUCUUCGUGGUCCGAUGACUUUUCAUAAGUGGUUGUCGUAUCGAUGGCUUAAUUUUUUAUUUAUCUUAGUUCCGCGGUCUUCCGAUGAUUUUAAAAGAGUUUCUCAAUGAUGAAGGCUUGAGGAUUUUAAAUCAUUGAAACGUUUCAAAGUUCAUAGAACAAUUUUAAGGUUGAAUUGGAUUUUUUAAUCGAAGCUAAAUUUUUAACUGCUCAUUCGUUACCUCCAUUCAUCUUUUAAAACAAAAAUUUCAUGUACUCCUAGUGUGAUAAUCUAAAGACAAAUUGAGAGAGCUAAUGAGCUAACAAGAAAUCAAAAAGUAGAUUAUGAUGUAGUUUGAAAAGGAGUUAUUUUAAUACUAUUUUAACUGACACCAAAGUGGUAAAACUUUUAAAAAAAUAUCGAGUGAGUCAAAACUUCGAUUUUUAUUGGUAUUUAUUUAUAUAUUAAAAUAUUUCAACUAUUCAUUUAUUGGAAAUGAAGCGAUCGAUGCAAUGAUUGUGCGCAUAGUCGCGUUUUAGAUUCGAAAAUUUAGGUAGCAGUAAGGCUUAAUAAUAAUAAAUUAGAUCAAACGAAAUUUGUAUUUAUCUAUGUCGGUACAAAAUUUGGCUGAGCCUAACCAAAUUUUGUGAACGAAAUGAUCAAAAAGAAUUAUAUACCAGCACAAAAAAGGCUCAAUAAUUGUAAAUUGAAGAAAAUGUUUAUUUAUUCAUAUUUUAUAUUCACUAGUGUAAAAAUUGGCCAUGCGAAAGCAAAUAUCCAAGACAUGACCACAAGUUCCGAACCAUCCAAAUUUCUCAACAUUUUUAUAUGACCCAUUAAUAAAUAAAAAUGACUCAUAAAACAUCGUACAAUGUUCUCAUACGAAUCCCAUAGCCAUGAUCUUAUUUAGCGUCAUUUAUCGUGUUUUGCCUUUUGGUGAAACUUCAUUUGUUGAUA